CCCCGCCCCGUACCGGAUUUGGAUCCGCACCGUUGCCCGGUGUGCCCCCAGAACGGCGGCGGUCGGUGGUGGAUCCCGUCGCCGGUAGUUAGCCCGUCGUCGAGGCUCCUCUCUUCUUUUUCACGAGGCCGGCUGCUUCCUGCUUGCUUUACUUGCCACUGCCGCGCUCCCCCGGGAAGCAAGCAAAGCAAGCGGAAGCAGAGAUUCGAUUCCCCGCCUCCCAGCUGCUGGAGCGCGCGCGCGCGUGCAACCACCACCAACCUCCCGGGAUCACGAGGCCGCACCGCACUCCGCCACGCAGCUGCGGGGAGCUCGAGAUCUGAGCUGACCCGCGCUCUGCUCCGCGCCCAAUGCCGCGAGCAGGAGGAGCGGCGGCGGCGGCGAGCCGGUAAUUCUGUACUAGCCUGCAGGCCUGCCGACCCGUCUCGGGAAAUGAGGCCGCGGAGGCACUCGUACGGCAGGGGCGGCAGGAGCGCGGCGGCGGCGGUACUGCUGGUGCUGUGCCUCUGCGUCACCGGCGUCUUCCUCCUGCUGCUGCACGGCUCCUCCCCGCCCCUGGAGGCGGAGGAAGGGAAGAAAGAGGCGGCCGCUGUGCGAAGCCGGGAGGAGGCGCUGGUGGUCCAGGCGGAGGUGGAGGAGGCGCCGCUGCCGCCGGGGAACGCGAGGGUCGCCUUCCUCUUCAUCGCCCGCAACCGCCUCCCGCUCGACCUCGUCUGGGACGCUUUCUUCCGGGGUGACGAUGACGGGAGGUUCUCCAUCUACGUGCACUCGCGGCCGGGCUUCGUGCUCACGCGCGCCACCACCCGCUCCCGCUUCUUCUACAACCGGCAGGUCAACAACAGCGUCCAGGUGGAUUGGGGGGAGGCCAGCAUGAUCGAGGCCGAGCGCAUCCUUCUCAGCCACGCCCUCAAGGACCCCUUCAAUGAGCGCUUCGUUUUUGUGUCCGACAGCUGUGUACCGCUGUAUAAUUUCAACUACACUUACGACUACAUAAUGUCUGCAUCAACCAGCUUUGUGGACAGUUUUGCCGAUAAUAAACAGGGCCGAUACAAUCCACGAAUGGACCCAAUUAUCCCAGUGGAGAACUGGAGAAAAGGCUCACAGUGGGCUGUGUUAAUUAAAAAGCAUGCUGAAGUUGUGGUUUAUGAUGAUGUGGUGUUGCCAGAAUUCAAGAAGCAUUGCAGGAGAAGGCCGUUACCAGAGUUCUGGCGGGACUGGGACAAACCUAUUCCUGCCGAGGCAUGGAAGGCACACAACUGCAUACCAGAUGAGCACUAUGUUCAAACAUUGCUUGCACAAAGUGGUCUUGAAGAAGAACUUACGCGGAGAUCGGUUACACAUAGCGCAUGGGAUCUAUCAUCUUCUAAAGACCGCGAAAGGCGUGGAUGGCAUCCUGUAACGUACAAAGUAUCUGAUGCUACUCCUGCACUUGUAAAAUCCAUUAAGGAUAUUGAUAAUAUAUAUUACGAGACUGAAUACAGAAGGGAGUGGUGCACAAGCAAUGAAAAACCAGCACCUUGCUUCCUUUUUGCAAGGAAGUUUACACGUGGAGCUGGUCUGAAGCUUCUUAACUCGUCAUUUAUAGCAGUAUGAUGAAUUGAUGAUGAAUAUAGUCUGGGAGGCAUCUGCCAUGUAGAGGUUUCUCCCUUGCAAGCAGAAUACUGUCAUUUUGAAUAUACCUAAAGGAAAGGGGUGGAGGGGACAGAAUAUAACAGCGAUUUUUUGAAUCUUAGAUAUAAUUUUCUGCACUCUGGAAAGUGCAAUAGUAGUUGUUGUAAAGUGAUAAACUUUUGCUUCAUUUAGUGCCUAGGUUACUACACAUGUUAGCUCACGGCUUAGCACUGUAACUGGAUCUGGAAGAACCACUUGCGUUUUGAAGCUGCUGUAUCUUGUAUA